CGCCAGAUGUUAGAUGCCGUGGUGACUGUCAGGCUUGAGAUGCACCACGCUCCUUUCUCGUGUGUGCUUAAUUUCAAGCAAUAAUCAAUAAGUAAAGUGUGUGGACUUAGCUGAGUGAAAAGAAUACAGCUAAAAAUUAUAAAUGUAUAUUUAAUGUAGAAUAUUAAUGUGGUGGCAGCAUCUGGUAGUGGUCAGGUAACCACAGCGGCCGGCCUGCCAGCUGCUGGUGAAACGGCAGUAUAGGUCGAGGCGGCUGAGGUGGAGUUUGUAUGUACGGCUGCUGACGGACAGGAAAUGCGUGCUGGGUAGUAGUGAAUGUUGUGAUGACGUCCAGCGUGGUGCACAGGAACAUGGAGAAGGUGGCACGGGCAGGGUGUGUGUGGCGGCGCUUGGCUGCAGGAGACGGCGUGAGGGUGUGUGCUGCCUCGCCUCUCACACCAGCGACAGGUGGCGGUGGUGACCCGUUAGGCCACAUUCCGCCUCACUCCAGGAUGAAGAGUAAUUACAGCUCGGUUCCUCAGCAAAAGCCAGACUGGAACCGGGCUGUGAGUGAUGCUGAGAAGAUAGUUGGCUACCCAACCUCUUACCUCACCCUGCGCUCCCUCCUGUCUGAUGAAAUGUCAAAUAUUGCUGUCCAUAUGAGGAAAUUGGUAGGAUCUUCUCAUCCACUGCUUAAAACUGCCAAACGGUUGAUAUACAAUGGACGAAACAACAUGCAGACUAGAGGCCUCAUUGUGUUACUCAUUUCCAAGGCAGCAGGCCACCUCAACCCUGAAGAGCUAGACCAAGACCAGCCUGCAGGUGUCUCCCUUAGUCAGCGAAGUUUGGCAGAGAUCACCGAGAUGAUUCACACAGCCCAUUUAAUUCAUAAAGGAGUGGUCAAUCUGUCCCCAACGGUGUUUGAUGGCACCACUCUGCAGGACAUGGAAUUUGGAAACAAGAUUGCUAUUUUGUCUGGGGAUUACCUUCUAGCUAAUGCUUGUACUGGUCUGGCUGCUCUCAGGAACACCAAGGUUGUGGAGCUGAUUAGCACUGCCAUCAGUGACUUCAUGGAGGCAGAAUUCAUUGGAGACCGAGAUAAUCAGGGGAACCCAAUUCCUAAUGAAACUAUAACAAUGCAAGAUUGGAAUGAAAAGAAUUUCCUAGCUGCUGGCAGUCUGAUGGCCAAGUCAUGCCAAGCCACACUGCUGCUGGCAGGCCACAGUGAGGCAAUGCAGAAGAAGGGCUUUGAAUUUGGGAAAGAGAUUGCCCUUGCUUGGCAGGUCUACAGUGACCUCCAGCCCUUCACUGACUUGUACCGUCACCCUCCUGGGACUGCUAUUGACCUUACCUCAGCUCCUGUCAUUCUGCAUCUGUUGCAUGAUAAUUCCCUACUGGAUUACGUAACAGCUGCAGGGAACUCCAUGGAGAACUGUGACUUCAAGAAGAUCCACCAACUCAUCAUGAGUGGGAAUGCAGUGGAAGAAGCCAAGCAACUGUGUCAGUCCCAUGCCCAAGCUGCACUUAAUGUUGUGCAGGACACCUUUGAACCCUCAGAUGCCUGCACAGCUUUGGAGAACAUCAUAAAUGCUCUCAAGAUUUAUUAGCACAAACAUUUCUAUUUUAGUAGAGGUUGUGAUCCAUUAAUGUAUAUGCGCAUGUACUCUCUCUCUCUCUCUCUCUCUCUCUCUCUCUCUCUCAGCCUACAGCCCCCACAGGCUGACCCCCACAGUAUGUUUACAAACCACAGUAACUUACCACAGCUUCACACAUGAAAGGUGGUUAUGGUUAAAGAAUCUCAUACAUAAUAGCCUUAUUGUUUGUUCUAGUAUGCAUUUAAAUGUACUAUGAACAUUUUAUCCUGAGCAUUUAGGCAUUGUCCUUUCCAGAGAUUUCCUGGCCUGUGGCACUGCCAAAUCUUGUACUGGGCAAAUUAUUGGAUUAGAGCCUAAGUGCACUAGUAGCCCUGCGCUUGAUCUCACCACACAUUUGUCAAAGUCAUCAACAUUGGUUAUGGUUGCAGGGUGCUUCUUUGUUGGCGAGAACAAAGGCUGUGCUGGCAACCACUGUGUCAUGCAAGCUUGAUUUGACAUGUGAGCAAAUUCUAACUGUUACCUUGCUCACACUGGUGGCUUUCACUGUUCGGGUAACAGCUCUUGAGGUCAAUUAAUUAGUCUUUUCUACCAAGAAAUACUUAUUUACUGAACAAAUGAGCUCUUUUUCUUGGCUACAGAGGAGACGAGAACAAGCGUGAGAGAUGGCUUCCAUCCUGGCUGGCAGCGCAAGAGAAAGUGACCAAUGGAUUGACAUGGUCACUCUGACUGUGUUACCUCACUCAGUCACCCAUAGAGACAUGAUAACACCUGGAAGAAAUGUUGCCAAGUAUUGUGGUGUUUGCAGAAAACAAUGCAAAUAUCAUUAAAAAUAAACAUAUAUUACACUAACCUGAAUUUUUAAGAGCAUCACAGUGUUUUUAUACAACAGCACAACUUAAUUUUGAAGUAGGAAGUACCUGACAUGAGGUGUGUCUUGGUACCAGUGUGGCAACACCACAGGGUGAGAAAUCCCCAGAAAGGACAAUGCCCAAAUGCUCAGGAUAAAAUGGUCAGACUAUAGGCAGCCUUGAGCUGCAAUGUUGCUUAAGAUGCCUUGAAUGUGUUACUCAGAUGUUUUGGAGUUACAAGGCAACACAGCUUGGGAACAAAACUACACAAAGCAGUUAUACUGUACUUGAACAUAUUAAAUGUUCAUUAAAAAAUUAUAGCUGACAGUUAUGACGGUAUCAGUUUCUGCCCAGUCUCACAAAUGUCACAAGUGCUACUUAAGAUGCAAACUGCUGUCACUCCAACCUACCAAUUGCCCAAGUAUUCCUAUUUUCUUUUAAAACAUAUUGCAUAUUGAUUUUAUAUUAUCAAAAAGAAACUUGACUAUUUUUCCAAUUUACUGGGUGUUUGUAUCUUGACAAUCCAUUAUCAAUAAACAAGAGUUUUGGCCAGGAAUAAGAAUUACUGCUCAUCUACAUGAAAUGUUACCAUGUUCCCUCAGGUGGAAAGAUUACUAGGCCAGUUAGUGACAGGCUUGUAGCUUUUUGUGAAUAUUAUAUCCAAUUCUUGGUAAUGUGAAAGUUCCUCACAGCCAAGUUUGUGAACCGAGGCACUUGUGUGAUAAUGCUUGUUACUUUACAGAAAAUGUACUUAAGAAUGGUGAAAUAUUUUGUAGAUAAGAUGUAGGCAAUUUUGGGAAUAUAUUUUGCUAGCUUUAAAGAUACAAGAAUGUUUAUUCUGUAAAAUGGUUCUCAGAUAUAUUUUAAUGUUUGUUAAUGUUUACAUUUUGUUACUGUUGAAUAUUUAAUAAAUUGUUAAGUCAAAA